AUGCCUUCCCAACGUGCGAAUGGAAAGGCUCAAAAGCGCAGUGGUAAACUUCAAGAAUUGAAGGAACGUCGUGAGCAGGUUGAGAAGAAGAGAGCACAAGAUUUGACUAGUAAACCUGCCGCAAAGAUGGUCACAUCCAUUGCGGAAAAGCCUAGAAAUCAAGUUCUUGUCUCAAGCCUUGCUAAGCCCUUUGCUAUGAGCUCCCUCCCUUGUAUCCGUAAGGUUAAGGGAACCUCAAAGGCCGAGAAGAAAGCCAAAGAAGAAGCUGUUGCCGCCGCUAAAAAGAAGCGCGAGAUGGAAGAGAGGGAAGAGGGAGAAAUUGACAGCGAUGACGAUGAGGGAAUGUUGACUGGUCACAUGAACGAUCACAAUCAAAGCCAAAGACAUACGCCAGCCAGCAAUAAGACUAAUAAGGCCAAGCCAGCUGCCCAGACCAUUCAACGUCCGCCAGACAGAACUAGAGACGAAACGAAAUCUGGAAACAGCAAGAACAAUGGGGCUAGAGAUGUCAAAAAUCCACAACCUGAAGCCCUAAAAUUCCGUAACAGGCCUCAAAAUUUGCAAAAGCCAAAGGAGCUUGAUGUGAAGACAUCUUCAGCUAAGCGCACGUUGUUCGACUCCGAUGAUAGUUCUAGCUCAGAUGGGAAAAUCUUCAAGCCUACCAAAAAGCAGAAAACAACAAAGGCUGGAAUGGACUUUGAAAAUCUUCCUACAAAGCGUAAGCAUGUCGAGGAAGAGGAAGAACCACCACGUGAUCCUGUAAAGAAACAAAAGAUCACCGAAGAAGUCAAAAAGCCUGUCAAAAAGCCUGCCACCGUUCCUGUAAAGCGCGCUCCUAUCGUCAAGGAGACGAAGUACCGUAUGAUUGAUUGA